UCCCUCAUUGUCACACAAACACAGCUCUCUCAAACCUCCACUCAUGGGCUCACUCAUGGUCAGAGCUGAGAAGAGCACUUGUCCAGGGGAGACUGGGGGAUUUAGACUUGUAUUUUCCCCAAAAGGCACCAGAUGAAUCACACAGAACCACAGACUACUGACGUGAAGCAGCCUUUCUCAGUGCGAUGGAUAAGCUUUUUGGUCCACUGGUCAAUUUCAAGCUGGACAUCGGCACAGCCCAUCCUGCACCCAGCACCCUGACCAGAGGACAAUGGUCUAGCAAACUUGAGUUCCUCUUGGCUGUUGCAGGACAAAUCAUAGGCUUAGGAAAUGUGUGGCGGUUCCCCUACCUGUGCUACAAAAAUGGAGGAGGGGUGUUCUUCAUCCCUUAUGUACUCUUCCUCUUUACCUGCGGCAUUCCCCUGUUUCUCCUGGAGACGUCUCUCGGCCAGUACACCAAACAGGGAAGUAUCACCUGCUGGAGGAAAAUUUGUCCCCUUUUUGAAGGGAUGGGUUAUGGCAGCCAGGUGGUUGUUUUAUACUCCAGCAUCUAUUACAUCAUCAUAUUGGCCUGGGCUUUCCUGUAUCUCUUCUUCUCUUUCAACUCUGAACUUCCCUGGGCAAGUUGCAGAAACAGCUGGAACACAGAGACCUGUGUGGAGUUCAAUCAGAGGGCUGAUCAUCUCAACUGGACUGUAGCUGAAAAUGCAACAUCACCAGUAAGAGAGUUUUGGGAGAGAAGAAUUUUGAAUGUCACAGGAAGUGUCCAUGAGUUAGGCAGCAUACAAUGGGAGUUGGCUCUGUGUCUUCUGUUGUCAUGGAUCAUCUGUUACUUUUGUGUGUGGAGAGGAGUAAAGUCCACAGGAAAGGUCGUUUACUUUACUGCCACAUUUCCAUAUGUGAUGCUUGUGGUGUUGCUUGUUCGUGGACUCACGUUGCCUGGGGCCCUAGAUGGGAUCAAGUUCUACCUCUACCCAGAUCCAUCCCGCCUCACUGAUCCACAGGUGUGGAUGGAUGCUGGCACACAAAUAUUUUAUUCCUAUGCUAUUUGCAUUGGAUGUCUAACUGCACUUGGCAGUUAUAAUAAAUACAACAAUAACUGUUACAAGGACUGUGUGUACUUGUGCCUUCUGAACAGUGGGACCAGUUUUGUAGCUGGCUUUGCCAUCUUCUCUGUGCUUGGAUUCAUGGCAUAUGAGCAGAACACAGACAUAUCAAAAGUGGCAGAGUCAGGUCCUGGCUUGGCGUUCAUUGCCUACCCUCGAGCAGUCGCCAUGAUGCCUUUUCCUCAGCUCUGGGCGAUAUGCUUUUUCAUUAUGAUCAUCCUGCUUGGACUGGACAGUGAGUUUGUAGGUCUGGAAGCUAUCGCAACUGCAAUUUCUGACGUGAAUCCUUCCUUCUUCCACGUUGGCCAUCGACGUAAACUUCUUCUGCUUGCUAUCUGUGUUGUUAGUUUCUUCAUUGGCCUUGUGAUGGUUACAGAAGGAGGACUGUACAUCUUCCAGUUGUUUGACUACUAUGCCUGCAGUGGCAUGACUCUACUUCUCUUUGCCACAUUGCAGUCUGUGUGUGUUGGAUGGGUUUACGGUGCAGACCGGUUUUAUGAAAACAUAGAGGACAUGAUUGGAUACAAGCCUUUUCCCCUGAUUAAGUAUUGUUUGAAAUAUGUCACGCCAGUAAUAUGCAUGGGAACAUUUGUUUUCUCCUUGGUCAAAUACACUCCUCUGAAGUUCAACAACACAACUGAGUAUCCGUGGUGGGGUUAUGCUCUUGGCUGGUGGUUCACGCUCUCCUCUACACUCAUGGUUCCUCUCUUGAUGCUGUACAAUGUGAGCAUCACUCCCGGUACACUGCGACAGAGGAUCUCCAUCUUAUGUACUCCAGCUGAGGACCUUUCUUUGAACAAAUCAGAGAAGAAAUCUCUUGAACUUCUCGACUUGACCUCAUCUCCUGACAGCAUGGUGUCCUAGAGACAAACUGGAGCAGCUUCAGAUACCUGAAACAUAAUGAAAACCUUGCCCUCAAUCCAGUGGUCCUACUCCAAGUUCCUUUUAAAGCAGUGGUUCCCAAUCUUUUUGGUGUUUGAGUCAAACACCAAACAGUUUGACCUCUUAAAACAAUGUCUACUUGUGACCCCUCCCCAUCACUGGUUGUAUAUGUAUACCAGUUGGGUGCAACCACUUUAACCAGACAAAGACUUUUAAAUUUUUGUUUGAAUACUUUUUAAAAGGCUUGAAAUGCCAAAAAUUAUCCAGUACUUCACAAAGAAGCAAAGAUUAAAGGGGGGAAAAAACAUAAUUUUGUGCAGCAGAAUAUUUUAUUUCUGCUUUCCUUUCCUGUUAAUAAUAAUCUUGUGACCCCUCAGAUUUAACUCGUGACCCCUUGAGGGGACUCGACCUUCUGGUUGGGAAUCACUGCACUAAAGGAAUGGCUUCAAAUUUAUUAUGAUUUCACUACAUUGAGCACUGCAGAGUUUGAAUGCUGACUUAACAGAAAUAUUUUGAAGAAUAUGGUAAAGAGAAUCUGAGCUCAAAGGUCCACUUACUGUACAGGGAACUUGUUUUCUCCUUGGUUUCUGUGCUUUCAGCCACAUUUCAUGGUCUUCAAUCAGCAAGUGCAGACAUCCCAACGCUGACAGCACUGACAGCUAGUGAGUAGGACUGUAGACUACUGAUUAUUUCCAUUAUCAAAUUAGCUUUUUUUUUUUUUUUUUUACGACUGUGUCGUUUUUAAAUGUCAGAAAAUAAUGACAAAUGCACAUCACAAUUUCCCAGAGGCCGGAGGGAUGUCGUCAGAUGUUUUGUUUUGUCCAGAUAACGAGUCAACAACCCAAAGACUUUCAAUUUACAAUAAUAUAAAAUAUAUAAAACCAGCAAAUCACAUCACAUCUGAGAACCUGGAACUUGAGAAUGUUUGGAGUUUUUGCUUGAUAAAUGACUUUAACAAUUAAUCAAUUGCUGAUUAAUAUUCUGUCAGUCAACUAAUUGAUUAAUCUCUUGAUUAUCAUCAUGACCCAAAGGUCAUGAAUGAACAUCCAUGCACAAUUUCAAACUGAUACUUGAUAUUUGAAAUUGUUACUUAUCUGAACAAAAAGUGUUGAGUGUUUGUUUUAGUUUUGUUUGUUUUUUUGUUUGUUUUUUAACCAAGUGGUUUAACUAUUAUCAGUUAAGUAAUAUAAGUAAACACUUGCCAAAUAAGCCAUACAGAUUGAACACUUGAGUCACUUUAAGUCACUGUGAAUGACAGAAAUUACAUUGCAAAUUGUCAGUGUUAAUUAUAACUAAAGACAGCAGUGACAUAUAGAAGAAAGGUUAUCUAACAAUAAGGGUCAGACACUGCAUGCACCUUAGCCGACUGAGCCACCAGGCUGUCCCAACACUAAAGUGUCUCUGACCUGUACAAAGUACUGCUACUGUAAACAUGUGCAUGUACUGCUCAGACAGGUAUUAACAUGUUUGUGUUUGGUGUUAAAUGAAACAAAAUGGUAAUGCCAGCGAGUUGGAUUGUGAUGAUGGAAGCACCAUGCAAAAGAGUAACACUGUGCAAACCUGUUGGCUGCAACAGUCUGACACAAAAAGAUAUUUUUAACAGAGUUGUAUAGAUUGUAUAUUUUUACUGUAGUCCCAACUCUAAGCUUGUUUAACUAUAGUUUUUAUAGAAAAUACUCAUCAAGUUUUUAGAUUGAUGUUUCUAUCAUUUUGUAUGUUUAUUAUUUCAUAUAUAAUUGAAAUGUGUGGCAAUAGUUCCUUGUAUAACACGUAAAUGCUAUAAUAUCACAUUUUUCAUAUUUAAGGAUCAAUGAAAAUACGUUUUUUAAAAGAAAAUGUCUGUUUUCGAGAGAAAUCUGUGGCAGAAAUCGUGUGAAUGCAUGUUGAAAUUGACAAUGGCACAUUUUAUAUUACCUGAUGUUAACAGUAAAUACAUCACGAAAAAACUGUUAGCUAAUGUUUUAUUAAUGAAAAUGUUUGUGAUUGAAUGAAUCAUAGCCUUGAUAUGUAAUAAGUUGAUUUCAUGAUUUCAAUCUUAUUAAACAAUGCACCACUCUUUUAAUACUUUC